CUCGUCGCCGCAACAAGAACCCCAAGCUCGAUAGCAGUCCGAUAAUUCGCAUUCUUUCAAGGGACCCAUCCAUAACCCGCCAAAGCCGCCAUAAUGUCCAAGCAAUUCACCGCGAAGGAGGUCGGAGAGCACAACACCGUCGAGAAGGGACUCCACAUCAUCAUUGACGGAGAAGUCUACGAGAUGGCCGGAUUCGUCGAUGAGCACCCAGGUGGCGCAAAGAUCCUCAAAAGAGUCGGUGGCAAGGAUGCCAGCAAGCAGUUCUGGAAGUACCAUAACGAGGGCGUGCUCAAGAAGUACUCCCCCAAGCUCAAGAUCGGCACAUUGAAGGAGGAGGCGAAGCUAUAGAUAUGGACAGGUCGUUGGAGGAAGAAGAGUCGGGAGCAUCGGCACAUCUCUCACGCACCGGCUGCGUGCGAGUCGACCUGCAGUUUCGUCGAAGAAUACACCAGACUUGUAAUUGUUUUCAAGAGUUCGGGUACGCCAUGGUCACCACAUCUGCCAUUU